AUGUCUUACAAAGACAAUGAGUCUGAUUAUGAGAGCUCCACAGCGGGUCCUGACUCGAGCCGCCGUACGAGCUGGCUAAGCAGCUCUUUCACGGCAAGCCCUAGCUGUAGUAGCUCCAUAUCUCAUCUAAGUAACCAUGGCCUCAACAGCUACAACCAAUCAAAGCCUCACAAAUCCAACCAAGUUGCAUGGGAAGCUAUGGCCAGGCUCCGCCGGUGCUGCGGCCGUGCGGUAGGGUUAGAACACUUCCGGCUGUUAAAGAGAUUGGGAAGUGGGGAUAUCGGAAGUGUGUACCUCUGCCAAAUACGUGGAAGCCCAGAGGUGGCGCUUUACGCGAUGAAAGUUGUGGAUAAGGAGGCGGUGGCGGUGAAGAAAAAGCUUGGAAGAGCGGAGAUGGAGAAGAAGAUUUUGGGGAUGCUUGAUCACCCUUUUUGUCCUACUUUGUAUGCAGCUUUUGAGGCUUCUCACUACUCUUUUCUACUUAUGGAGUAUUGUCCCGGCGGUGACCUCUAUGCCUCCCGCCUCCGUCAGCCGUCUAAACGUUUCACUAUCUCCUCUACUAGGUUUUACGCAGCAGAAACACUGGUGGCCUUAGAGUAUCUCCAUAUGAUGGGAAUUGUGUACAGAGACUUGAAGCCGGAGAACGUAUUAAUAAGAGACGAUGGGCAUGUGAUGCUCUCAGAUUUCGAUCUCUCCUUCAAAUGUGACGUCGUUCCGCAACUCCUCAACCACAGCGACCGUGAAAAUCAAGUCCUUGAGGAGGAUGACGACGACGUCAGCUUCCGCCGUAAAUGCUCCACACCUUCCUGCACGGCGACUCCGUUACACCCCGUCAUUUCUUGCUUCUCUCCUACUUCGAGCAGAAGAAGAAGAAAGAACGUUAUUACCACCACGAUACACGAGAACGCAGCUGGUACUGGCGGUUCCGUUAAAAGCAACGAUGUUUCUAGAACGUUCUCUCGGCAGCCUUCUUCUUGUUCUCGGGUUUCAACCGGAAAUCGAGACCUCUCCGGUGGAUGUCCAUCAAUUUUCGCCGAACCAAUCAAUGCUCGUUCUAAGUCGUUCGUUGGAACACAUGAGUAUUUGGCACCGGAGGUGAUCUCAGGGCAAGGGCAUGGGAGUGCAGUUGAUUGGUGGACUUUCGGAAUAUUUCUGUACGAGAUGAUAUUUGGGACGACACCGUUUAAAGGUGAGAACAACGAGAAAACGCUAGUAAACAUUCUGAAAACACCCUUGACAUUCCCAAAGGUCGUAGUUAGUAGCCAGAAAGAGUACGAUGAUAUGGUGAGCGCUCAAGAUCUUAUUAUUAAAUUACUGGUGAAGAACCCUAAGAAGAGGUUAGGUAGCCUCAAAGGCUCUACUGAGAUCAAAAGACAUGAGUUCUUCGAAGGUGUUAAUUGGGCACUAAUCAGGUCAAUAAAGCCACCUUGGGUCCCUAAAGAAGAGACUAGUCACAAGACUAAGGGUCAUAAACAGAGUGUUAAUUUUUAUUUGCCACCGAGGUUUAUGAUGAGUAGGAAGGAAAGGGACGAGCCUUACCAUGUGUCUAAUCAUUUUGAUUAUUUCUAA